AUGAUUGGCCAUCUUUUAGCAGCUGUCAUCGCUUCUGAUCUGCCAUCUAUUGCUAGUCCAAUAUUGAACCCCGCUGAUUUUCCUCGUUUUUUAUUCACUAUUGGAGAGAAAAAAACACCAUCAUUAUCAUGUUAUUCGGAAGAUGAUGACGAUGAUGAUAAGUGGUUAGUCGCAGUACCUACUAAAUGGAUGAGCAUAAAACGUGAUUGA